CCCCCCCCCCCCGCGGCUUGAGCAGAACGAACAGAGAUCCACCGCUGCGCACCUUCCUGGGAUCCGGUGUCGUUAUCCCCUCCACGCACAGUCUCACCGAAGCAGAGAGCGGAGCGCCAAUUUCUACCGAUGUCCGACCAAGAGGCGGUUCCGGCGGCAUCAGAAGCCGCCCCAUCCGAAGCCCAACCAGCGGAGGCCGCGCCACCAGCCCCAGCUCCCGAGCCUGCUGCCCCGGCCCCAGCGCCCCCCACUCCCGAGCCGAAGAAGCCCACAGGACCAUCCCCUGGUCAACCAGUGAAUCUGACAGUGGACGAUGUGAAUGACAACUCUGUGACUCUGACGUGGGAUGCACCAGAACAUGUGGGUUCCAAGGGCCUGGAUGGAUACUUGGUGGAAUACUGCAAAGACGGAACUGUAGACUGGGUGGCUGCCAAUGAAAAGCCUUUCCUCUCUACCCGCUACGUAAUCCGCGACCUAACAUCUGGAGAUAAGCUUCACAUUCGUGUAAAAUCCGUGAAGGGUGAUGGAAUUAGUGAACCUGCUGUCCUGGACCAGCCACUCCUUGUCAGAGAGAUUCUUGAACAUCCCAAGAUCCGAUUGCCACGCUACUUGAGGCAGGUAUAUAUGAGGACUGUGGGACAGACGCUGAACCUGCUGAUUCCUUUCCGGGGAAAGCCAAAGCCACAGGUGACCUGGACCAAAGGAGGCCAGCCCCUGGAUGCCAAGCGAGUGAAUGUGCGCAACUCCGAAAAGGAUUCCAUUUUCUUCAUCCGCCAAGUACAACGUAGUGAUUCUGGGAAAUAUGAAAUAGUUGUUAAGAUCUUAGAUGAGUUAGAAGACAAGGCCACCAUUGAUCUCCUUGUGAUUGAGAGACCCGGCCCUCCUGAGAACCUGAAGCUGGUGGACGUGUGGGGCUUUAAUGUAGCACUGGAAUGGAGCCCACCCAAAGAUAAUGGCAAUGCUGAUCUGAAAGGCUACACAGUCCAAAAGUCAGAUAUGAAGACUAAGCAAUGGUUCACAGUCCUGGAACACUAUAAUCGUACCAGCUGCACUGUGUCCGAUCUCAUCAUGGGCAACAGCUACUCCUUCCGGGUCUUCUCAGAGAACCCUUGUGGCCUCAGUGAGAAAGCUGCCGUCACUAAGGAUGUAGCACACAUCAAAAAAACAGCAAUUGUAUACAAGCCGGAGAAGUACAACACCCGGGAUUUCUCUGAACCUCCAACAUUUACCCAGCCUCUGACAGACAGAACUACCACCCGGGGCUACAGCACCCAACUUGUCUGCUCUGUGCGAGGCUUCCCUAGACCCAAAGUGACCUGGAUGAAAAAUCAAAUGGAGAUUCGAGAAGACCCUAAGUAUGUGGCCCUCAUGAACCAAGGUGUGUGCUCCCUGGAAAUCCGCAAGCCCAGCCCUUUUGAUGGUGGUGUCUACACCUGCAAAGCUGUGAACCCCUUGGGGGAAGCCUCUGUGGACUGCAGGCUGAACGUCAAAGUCCCAGAAUGAAGAUGAUAUAAAGAGGCUUAUGAAGAACAAGUGAGCUUGAGUGCUUCCUAUUCAAGGCCAGCCAGACUCCUUAUAAAACUUGUUUUUGGUCACCCUG